AUGUAUACUGCAACGAAGCCAGCUUCUGAUGUCACACCCAUCAAAAUUCUCACCGGCGGUAUGAACUACAAACGAUGGGCUGCAAGGAUCAUCAUGCUGCUGGAAGAGAAGGAUGUUGACUACGUGAUUUAUGAUGAUCCCACCACCUUCAUCCUGACUGCUACGACCGCGGCCACGACUGCGACCGCCACUACUGCCAUAACCGAGGCAGCUGACAAGUCGGGCAAAACAGCUGACCAAUCGGACAAGGCAGCUGAUCAAGUUCCUGCACCGAGGCCUGUACGAAGCACGUCGCAAGUCUGUCCAAAAUAUGUGAAAGACAACAAAACUGCGCGGGCCUCCAUUCUUCAACGGGUAACAAAUUCUAUUUUUGACAUGUUUUCUGGGGAAAAAUCUGCAAAAGCUGUCUGGGAACAAUUGCAAGAAAAAUAUGGUUCCAAUGACACCAGUAGGAGGAAGUACGUCGUGGGACGAUGGCUGCAUUUUCAGAUGACCGAAUCCAAAACCGUGGUGGAACAGGUACAUGACUUCGAAAAUAUGGUUUCUGAUAUGCAAACUGAAGGUGCUCAAGUCAACGAUGCAUUCCUGAUCGAAGCACUUGUUGAUAAGUUGUCCGGGUCGUGGAAAAAGGGCAAGAGCGACAAGUGCUAUGUUUGUGGGAAACGUGGACACCGAGAUGCACAGUGCUAUCAUCACAAAGGGUCCACAAAUAAAAAUUCAGAGAAAGACGGAUCCAAAAAUCAAGCAAAUGUGGUAGAAACCACGGAGGAUGACGAGGCCGUAGCAGCAGUGAUUACUGAGAUUAACAUGGUCGGAGACCCAGACGAGUGGGUCGUGGACACGGGGGCAUCUCGCCACUUUUGCAACAACAAGUCUUUUUUCAAGGUGUUCGAGCCCGUCACUGGAGGAGAACAAGUCUUCAUGGGAAACUCCAGCAUUUCUGAGGUAAGUGGUAGAGGAAAAGUAGAGUUAUUGCUUAAUUCUGGCAAGAAGUUAUUACUGAACAAUGUGUUGUAUGUUCCCUCUGCGUAG